AAAACAACACAAGAAUAGCAUUGUGUUGUGGAAGAAUUCUCGGUCCAAUGUUUUGAAAUUUUUAUUCGAUUUAUUUGCUGUAAUGGAGCGUGUGUUCGAUAUAAAUAAAAUUUGUCGCGUUUGCUUGGAGGAAGGCAUUCUAUUGUCCAUAUACAGCAACGAAUAUGCAAUCAGUCCGCUGGAUAUGAUUGUUAGUUGCACCAAUGUUAAGAUCACCGACGACGAUGACGAAUUGCCAUCAUCCAUCUGUAACAAUUGCAUGUACCGUCUGGAGGUAGCCUAUCAAUUGAAGCAACAAUGUGAGAAUUCUGAUAUGCGAUUGAGGGAGUGUCUUGGUUUGGAUGUGAUGGACAACAGUGAGAAACCCGAAAAGAAUGCAGUCAACAGCAACAUUAGCAAAGACAACUACGUGAAGCUCGUUUCCAUUCCGAACAACGACAAUUCCACCCAAGUGAAGGACGAGGAAAUCUACGCUGCUAUGAAUGCAAUGUGUGAAAUAUUUGGCGAAUCAAAUACCGAAGAAGCAGUCAUGUUACAGUCGCACAUCGAACAAGAUGUCAUUCCAAUCACAACGGUCCCAUCAUACAUUCAUCAGGACGACAUGGACGAAACAUUAAAUUUGUCGCAGGUUGAUUACACCAUUGCUCCGUCGUCCGAGGACGUGAAAGUAGCGUCUAGUAAUGAAAGUGAAAAAAUUUCCGAACCGACUGUAUCCAGGCCAUCGAAACGGAAGAAACAGAAGAGUCUGGUGUCACGUGCCGAUUUGGACAAAUUUUUAAGCGAAAAGAAAAGCAAACGAAAGAGUGGUAAAGCGGAGCAACGAAAGACAAAGAAACUGACCGAUCCGACACAAUGUCUAAUUUGUGGAAAGACUUUUGCGUAUGGCUACAUGGAAUCGCACGUUCGGACACAUAGCGGCGAGCGGCCAUUCAAAUGCACCUGUUGUAAUUUAAAGUUUUCACAGCCAGGAAAUUUAGCCUUACACAUGAGGGUGCACAGCGGGGAACGACCUUAUCAAUGCGAAAAAUGUUCGAAACUUUUCACAACGUCUAGCAACCUCAAAGCACAUCAACGAAUACAUUCCGAUUCAAGGGAUUUCCCCUGUACGCAGUGUGAUCGUGCUUUCAAAUCAGCUUCGGAGUUGAAUAGUCAUGCUGGAACGCAUACCGGCGAAAAAAAGCACAAGUGCCUAGAGUGUGGAAAAACGUUUUACAAGACGUCCUAUUUGAAUGUUCAUUUUCGCACCGUUCACGUAGGUGAAAAACGACACCAUUGCACCGAAUGCGGGAAGAAAUUUUCAAACAGUUCGAAUCUCACUUGCCAUUAUCGAAUUCAUAGUGGGGAGAAGCCCUUCGUCUGCCAAAUUUGCGGAACAAGAUUCAACCAGUCAUCGGCACUGGUACGACAUUCGAAACAGCACAACACAACAAUCUCAAAUAAGACUCCAUCAACGAACAUUGAACCACCGAGAGCCGAACCACCAACAUCAAAUAAACCUUUGCCAAUUGAUAGCGACAUUGGAUAUCAUGAUUCCUCAAUCGACUGUCAAUCCAUAGAUCCGUUUUCUACUUACAUUAAGGUGCCAGAUUCAUCGAAUUUAUGGUAGUUGACGUCAGGCAAAGUUUAAGGUAGCGGAUCAUUCUUUUCAUAUUCUUUCGGUCGAUCGUCGGUUAAAUGUCACCGAAAUGGUCUCAGAUUUCCCACUCAAAAUUUCAUGGUGUCUUAUGGUAGGACAAGUAGGACAAUUUUCCUUUCUCAAUAACAGUAACUUUUCGGUUUAUUUUGAGUCAAUUGCACUUAUGUUAUCUCAAGAAGAUUAUGUUAUGAAAAA